AUGACAACAUUACUAAGUAGUAUUGGUAGUAAUAAUAAUAAUGAUAAUAAUAAUAAUACUAUUAAGGACUCAUUACAUCAUGUAUCAAGUCAAUCUAUGAUGACAAUUACAUCGGAUUAUACAGAUAGAACAAAAUUGACCAAAGAUAUUAAUACUAAUCAUAAUAAUAAUAAUAAUAUUAAUAUCAAUGGAUCACAUCUAUUAAUAGAUACUUGUGAUGAUUCUAUUUUAUCAUCUUGUGGAAGUUCAAUUCUAAUGGAUGAACAUGAAAUGGAUUCUAAUCAUUCAUUUCCUAUAACAAAUAAUGAUCAUAUAAUGGAUACUAUUUAUUCUACUUCUUCUUGUGUUAAUCCUCUUAUCAGUGCUACUUCCACACCUACAUCUAUCACUAUGACUACAUGUGACCUUGUCAAUGAUGAUAAACAAGAUGAAAUGAAUCAUUUGCAUACAUCAUCAUUAUGUGAACAUGAAAUAAUUACUAUAAUGGAAAAAGAUAAUAAUAAUAAUAAUAAUAAUAAUAAUAAUAAUAAUAAUAAUACAAAAUGGAAUAUGAAAUAUACUAAAUUAUUUGUUGGACAAAUACCAAGAAAUAUGCAAGAAAAUGAUUUACGAUUAAUUUUUCAAGAAUUUGGACCAAUUUAUGAUUUAUCUAUACUAAGAGAUAAGAUAACUGGAAUGCAUAAAGGUUGUGCCUUCGUUACAUUUUGUCAUCGGCAAUCAGCUUUAAAAUGUCAAGAUGCUUUACACGGUAAACAAACAUUACCUGGAAUGGCAAGACCUUUACAAGUGAAAACUGCUGAUAUGGAACGUCGUACAGGUCCGUAG